AUGUUUUAAAUUGAGCCAGACACUUCUAAAAUUUGUAUUGAUUCAAUUUUCUGCGUAAAAGAAAAUUGUUAAAAUAAUCAUUCGAGAUUCUAUUUAGGAAUUUGUCUUGAAUAUUUAAGAAUGGAAGAAGAAUAGUAUAAAAACUCAGAGGAAGAUUUUGAAAAAAAGAAAUGUGAUAUAUAGGGAUGCAAAUUAUAACAUUUAGACUAAUCUAAAUUAAAGAGUUCGUUAUAAUAAUCUAUAAAUGGUAUAUUUCCUCAUAAUUUAUGUUGCAUGAAUGGAUGUGAUUGUAAAUUAAUUCAUAAACCUUGGGCUCAUAAUAUUUGCAUAAAUGAUAUUAUGAAUGUCUGUCAAAAAAAAAAAAAGAAUAAUUGUCCAUUUAAUCAUUUACCAUGGAAUUAACUAAAAUAAUAGGCAAAGGAAUCAUCAAAGAUUAAUUUCACAACACCUGAACAAUUAUGUGAAUCACAAAAUUGUAACUGUUAAUAACAUUUUUCAUGGAUGACAGAUUAAAAAAUUUGUAUACCAUUUCUUAAAGGAAUUUGUCCAUUUAUAAAAUGUCUAAAAAAUCACGUUGAAUGGGAAGGUUUAUCUUUAAAACAAAAGAUAGAAUAAAACUCAUUAUAACCUUGUAGUGUAAUUUAUUAAGAGUCGAAAGAGAGAGCAAAUUCUUUUAGUUAAAAGCAAUUUAUUUAAUUAUUAUGUGAAAAGGCUAAAUUUCUUAAAUUCAAAGAAUCAAUAUUUCAAUCUAAUAUUAUUGAUGUUGUUUUUAUAAUGGAUCUAACUGGAUCUAUGUAAACAUGGAAAAUAGAAAUGGAAAAUGCCAUUUAUGAAAUAAUUUAAUAAUUUUAACAAACAAAUAAAGGACAUUAAAUAAGGUUUGGAUUUGUUGGUUAUAGAGAUGAAUGUGAUAAAAAAGAAAAAAUCACCUAUAUUAAUCUUACAUAAAAAGUAGAUGAAUUUACAAAAUAAAUAUCAUAAUUAGAAGCAAAAGGUGGAGGUGAUGAUGCUGAGGAUGUUGUGGCAGGAUUUGAAAAAGCAUUGGAAUUAAAUUUCUCUCUUCAUGAAGAAAGUUUACUCUGUACAUUUUUGAUUGCUGAUGCUCCUUGUCAUGGUAGAGAAUAUCAUGAUAUUUCAUCUGAUAAUUAAAUUGAUUCAGUUGAAAAGAAUUAUUUAGAAAAUGUAUUAAAAAAAUAUAAAAAAAUCAAAGAAUGUAAUUUUUUAUGUUGCAUUAAAAUUAAUGAAACAACAGAUAAAAUGUUUUAAAAAAUGUAAUAAGUAUUUCCUCUAUUAACCAUAACAUCUUAAAAGUAACCAAAAGAAAUUAGCGAUUAAGUUCUUUUUACCCUAAAAUAAUCUUUGAUAUAAUCCAAAUUAAUUCAAUCAAAAAUUAAAAAUACUAUUCAAAUAUAAGCAGAAUUUAAUAAAUAUAAAUUAAGUAUUUCGCCCCCAAACUAUUAAGAUAAUAAUCGUGCAAAGUAUUGGAAAAAUUUUUACAUUGAUGUGGAUUAAUCUUUAAGGAGAGGAGUUACAGCCUUAGAUAUUGAAUAAAAUAUUAAUGAAUCUUAGUAAUCUGAUGAUUAAAAUUGCACAACUUAUAUUUUUAAAGCAUUUGAUACUAUUAAUAAUAUGUACAUCGCUAUAAAAAUUCCUAAAUUCAUAAUUGAUAUGCAUAGAGAAGGUAAAUUAGAUAAAAUAUCAAUUGAUAAGGCUGAAUAGUUAGCAAAAACCAGAUUUUAUUCAUCCAGUUAUGCUUGUUAAAUGGCUCAUUAUUUUAAUUAGAAAAUAUCAAAAAUUUAAGAAAUUCCUUCAUUAUUUUAUGUAUUACCCAUUAUUUAUACACUAACAGAACCUUUUUUUGGUAUGAAUUUAGUUUAUGGAGAAACAUUUAUGAAUAUUUAAUAUUAAUUUAAAAAGUACACUACUAAUAGUCAUCAUAGUGAACCAAAAUAUUAUUAUUAUUCUGUAUUCAGUCAUUUCUCAUUUAUAGAAAGUGGUCAUACCUUAGUUAUUACAGAUUUAUAAGGAUGUGAUAAUAUUCUUUCAGAUCCAUCAAUAUAAACUAAAAAAGGAUAAAUUCCUAUUUUAGAUUUUGAUGAAACUAAUCAUAAUGAAAUAGGAAUUGAAAUAUUUUUAACAACACAACAUCAGGAAUGUAGUUACUACUGCUCAUUAUUAUAAUUAUCAAGAGAAUAAUUUAAGAAUAAAAAUUCUUAAAAAUUAGAUUAAACCAAAUGGUAAAUUGCCCAAAAAACUAAAAUAUAUGGAAUUUGUAUUACAUGCAGUUAAUUCACAUAAAAUGAUUUAGAUGCUUAAAAGUAGUCAUAGGAAAAGUUUAAUUUUAUGAAUUGUGAGAUUUGUAAAACUGAGAGUGAUUAAUAAAUGACUUCAAUAAUAUAGUGCGAAUGUUGUUUGGAAGAUUAUUAAGCAGUUCAGAAUUUAUAACUAAGAAUUUAGACAGUAUUAGGAAGUUGUGAUUUUUGUAAGUAAUCCUGUUUUGACCUCAAUAAAUAGUGUUGUUAUUAUUGUGAAAGUUAUUGUUUAAAAAAUUAAAAAGAGAUGAAAAUUAAUGAUUAAUUAAUUAGAAUUUGUUCAAAGGGUUAAGCAUAUUUAAGUUUAUAAAAAUGUGCAAAAUGUUAAAAGCUUUACAAUAACGAUGUCAUUUUAUCAAAGGAUUAAUACAAUAAGGGUAUAUAUAAGUGUAUUAAAUGUGCUAAGGAUUGA